CUUUAUUAAUAAUAAUAGUAAUAAUAGAAUGAUUAAAGGAAUUAAAGUGGCAUUUUCAAGAAACAAGGCAGAAAAGGGAGAUUCGAAACCCAUUGAGAAUGCAUCUUCUAACACCAAUACAGUAGCCACAACAAACCCCUCAACCAACACUACCACAACAAAGAAGACAUCAAAACCACAAGUCAAGAAGGAAAUGACCACAAACAGCAGUAAAACCAACCAAAAUAAGCCUUCAAUACUCUCUCGAGCUUCUAUUCAAAACAUGUUACCGACAACCACUGUAGAUACACCCACCAUCUCCGUUGAUCCAUCUAUGACGCAGCAACCGCCCGUGAUGCAAAAGGGAUUUAAUAAAGAAAUACCAAAGCAACCCAGUAAUAGUGCAAUGGCAUGGUUAAAAGGUGCUUCCAAAGACACUGUGCCGAUCGGUAAAGUGCCCAAAAGACAGAAAUCCUCCAGAUUUCAUGUUCAUGAAAAAGUAGAAUUGGAAAGACUUCCAUUGUUUAAAGACGUACCGCCUGCCAAGAGAACAGAUUUGUUUCUAAAGAAACUAGCACAGUGUCAAGUCUUGUUUGAUUUUAGCGAUCCUUCAUCGGAUUUAAAUGGAAAGGAAAUCAAGCGACAAGCAUUACAAGAUAUGUUGGAAUAUGUAGCAACUACCAAAGGUGCAUUAACAGAUGUCGUAUAUCCUGAUGUGGUUAAAAUGUUCUCUCUCAACCUAUUUCGCACCAUACCCCCACCCAUAGAUAGAGAAGAAGGCUAUGAUCCAGAAGAAGAUGAACCCACGCUUGAAUCUGCCUGGCCUCACCUCCAACUUGUCUAUGAAUUCUUCCUAAGAUUUGUAGAGUCUCCCGAUUUUAAUGUCCAUGAAGCCAAAAAAUACAUUGAUCAAAAGUUUAUCUUGCAUUUGCUGGAAUUGUUCGAUAGUGAGGAUCCCAGAGAAAGAGAUUUUUUAAAGACGACACUGCACCGUCUCUACGGCAAAUUUCUUAACCUCAGAGCAUACAUACGAAAGUCGAUCAAUAAUAUCUUUUUCCAGUUUAUUUAUGAGACAGAAAGUUUUAAUGGCAUAGCUGAACUAUUGGAGAUUUUAGGAAGUAUCAUUAAUGGAUUUGCACUACCACUCAAAGAGGAGCACAAGACAUUUUUAACACGAGUGCUUAUGCCGCUGCACAAACCAUCAUCUUUAUCCACGUACCACCCUCAAUUAGCCUACUGUGUAGUCCAGUUUUUAGAAAAGGAUCCGACAUUAACCAAAGAUGUGGUGGAUUGUUUAUUACGAUAUUGGCCCAAAGUGAACAGUGCCAAAGAAGUCAUGUUUCUGAACGAGAUUGAGGAAGUGUUGGAUGUGACGGAUAGUAUCGAGUUUCCCAAAGUGAUGGUACCGAUCUUUAACAAAAUUGCACAGUGUGUGUCCAGUUCCCAUUUUCAAGUUGCAGAGCGGGCUCUCUACCUUUGGAACAAUGAAUACAUUUUAAACUUGAUGCAUGAAAAUAUUAAAGUCAUUAUGCCCAUCAUGUUUAAACCACUCUACACUUACUCACAACAACAUUGGAACAGGACAAUUCAUGGGUUGGUGUACAAUGCAUUGAAAAUACUUAUGGAAAUGGAUUCCGAUUUAUUUGAGCAGUGUACAAAUCAAUACAAGGAACACGAGAAUAAAGAUCAGCGUGUUCAAGAUACAAGAGAGCAAACCUGGGCUCAAUUAAAAGAAGACGCUGCUAAAAAUGAAGCAGUGCUAAAGCAAGAAGGUAGCAUUAUGAUUCAUUGAUUGCGAUACGUGUCACUUAUCUAUUUCUUAGCUUCUUCAGAUACAUCGUUACCAUCCUCACCCACUUCAUUAUAGAUUCCUUUUUCACUUUCCUGAUUUCAUCUCCUUAGACUGCCUCCAUCUACUCAUGAAGCAAAACAACAACAAAAUCAUUCUAAUAAUAAUAAAAAAAAUAGUUCAUGUGUAUAAA